UCUACAAUCUAUUCAUCUACAAUGCCCCCAAAACUUAAAGCUAAACCAGUUCUUGUCACGAUCCUCAAGUUCAAACGCAAGAGAACAACCUACUCCAUUCCUUUCAAUCUAUCCGAGAAGAAGGUCACAUUAGAUUGGUUCAUUUCCACCCUUAAAGACACAAUCGAGAGCUCUGGUGGGUUACAAGACGACAAUGACACCACCGAGCUUGGCGAAAAUAACUUGGAAAAUGAAGAUGACCUUGACAUUGAAAUACCCAAAUCUGAACUCAUUGACGAACCAGAGCUUGAACUUUCAGAACCAACCCCUGAAACCCUCACACCUGCCCCAGCUUCAGCCCCACUCAUCCAGAGUAAAUUAAAACUAGCCAUUGCUAAGGACAAAACUGCCCCAUACGAUAACAAUUGGGUGGAACUUACUACGGAUGAUCAACUCUCAGCAAUCAUAUUCAAUGACUAUGAUAUUCUUGCCUUUAGUUAUGAUGACGAACCUUUCCAUAUAGUCGAGGCUGCAUACGAUGAACCCCAAUAG